AUGACAGAGAUCAUACAAGCCAUCUUUAUAAGAGACAACGAGAUUCGGAACAAGCCUAAACCUCAUGUCGUAUACAAAGUCGAGAUUCACGCAGCUGUUCGCAAUUGGAGUGUUUGGAAACGAUAUUCUGAGUUUUGCACACUAGAUGCACAGUUUCGGUCGUUAUUCCCUAAACAUCCUCCACCUCAAAAGUUGCCACCCAAACGGUAUUUUCCUUCUACCUUCUCCGAUUCACAAAAAGUAGAAGAGCGACGGCAAGGAUUAGAAUCCUAUUUACGAGCUAUUUUGGUAUGCAAAGACGAACGAUGGCGUGAAACAGAUCUAUGGAAAGAAUUUCUAGCCAUACCUAUUACCCAGACAAACAAUAACCAUAACAGAAAUAACGCCACCACCACCACCACCACCACAACAACAACAACAACGACAACAGCGGGAUCAUCAUCCGCUUCCUCAGAAAUGGGCAAUACGUAUUAUACUUCAGAAAGUUGGUUGGAUGAGCAUAACACCAUGGUCGAUACCACACGUGAAAUUCGAUCUUUAUUGAAUAAACGCACUACUCAUUUAGCACGACAUGAAAUAUCUGCCUCUCAUAAUUGCACCGUACAAGCUAAAAAGCUAUUGAUGACCUUAUCAAGCCGUCUCUCCAAUUUGGAAGCAGGGCUGAAUGGUUUAUCCACGACAAUGACAGAGGGUGAAAUGAGAAGAAGACAAGACAUGCUCACCACCUUGAAGGAUGAGAAAGAUACGUUGUUGAAACUGUCUAGUACAGGUAGACAAGUACAACAAGAUCACGAUCUCUAUAGUCAUAGUGGGAGCACUAGAAGCAAUAGUACGAGCAGUAUGAGCAGUGUUAGCAAAAAACCACAACCUUCCUCUCUGAGAGCUUUUGGUGCUGCUGCAUUGAAACAGCAGCAGGCAUUAGCAGCCAAGGAAACAGAAGUGACGCGUGGAUUAGAUAAUGAGGGUUUGGUUGAAUACCAAAGACAGACCAUGCAAGAACAGGAUGAUCAAAUCACUCAAUUUGGUGCUAUUUUAUCAAGACAAAAACAAUUAGGCAUUGCUAUUGGCCAUGAGCUGGAGACACAAAACCAAAUUUUGGAUGAGCUGGACGCAGACGUAGAUAGAACGCAAACGAAACUCAAGUAUGCCAAUAAGAAGUUGGGCAAGAUUAAAUGA